GCUCCGCUCCGUCUCCGCUCCGUAUAUUCAUCUUUUAUUUUUUUUCUCUUUUUUUUUCUGUGUCUCCGUGGUUCCCGGUGGCAGAUCCCGACCGUUCUGCCCCGGCUGUGCUCCUUCACCCCAUCGCCCGACUGACGGCAGCCCCCGCCGGAGGGAUGUUUCUGUCUUUGGUUAUCUAGCUGUAUGAGUGUUUUGGUCUUCAUAAAGCUAGAUAACCGAAAGUAAAAAUGACUUCCAGACCUGCACGCCCGGGGGAAGAGGCUGCAGCAGCACCGGCGGCCCCGCGGCCCGCACAGCCCCGCCCGCCGCCCUCCGUCCGUCACCUCGGGGCUCCAGAGCUGACUGCGAGUUCAUGGAGCAGGAUGCCUUGGGAAGGGAUGGGACAUCUCCACCUGAGUGAGGAGAGGUCCCUGGAGCAGAAUGGAGGUGUAAUGCUGAGGAGCUGCAAGAGAGAGCGCAGCUUUGGUCACUUUGGAGUUGGAGAUCUUGAGCCAGGGAUGAGAUCCCAGAGAGAAAAGAGACGUCCCCAGCCCAGCAGCUCCUUCCUGGCUGUGCUCUGCUCACACUGUGCCUGAUAUCUCCAGGAUUCUCCAGGAGGGACCCAACCUGUCACAGCCCCAGCAAGAGGCAGCAUCGGCUGCUGGACGUGGAGGGGUUCUGCAUUGCAUCACACCUGUGGGAGGGAGCCAGGAGAUGGGGAGGCUGACAGAAAUCCCAUGUAACUCCUGUUUAUCACCUCCAGGACCCAAAUACCACUGGGCAGAGAUGUGUGAGCACUGUCCCGGCUGGGUCUGGGGGUGUUGUUGGGAGCGGGAGGGAGGUCUGAGCGGGAUGGAUGCCAUGCUUAGGGACUCUGCUCAUGGAGCAGAGCUUGGCCUACACUGUCCGUGCUGUGUGUGAUGGACUGACCAUGGGCUGACCAUGCCUGAUCCAGGCAGUGUUCCAUUGCACUGUACAAAUAAUGCACUGUAAUUCUCCCCUAUUAAAAUCAACCCCACCCCAUGCACUGUUACAAAUAAACACUCCUUUCUGCAAAAGCCA